GCCUUCCAAUUUAGACUCCAGCAUUGCCCCAGAGGAGACCUUCCGAUCCCUAUUCUGUACGAUCCAACAUUCUUGAACGCAACUCACACCUCUCUGGUGGUUGUCAAAGACCCUGAACCGACACGUGCCUCCCGUUUCACUGUCACCGUGCUCAAUGGCUCAGACGGCAAAAGAGUCCAAUUGGUCCUCAAGAGCACAGACACCAUCGGCAAACUUCAGAGGAAGUUCCUACAGAAGCGGCCUGACCUGACGGGAAGCCUGAACCUCGCCUACAACGGCAAGCCCGUCCAGGGGCACCAGAGCUUGGGAGAGCUGGGGGUGAAGAAUGGGGCUACCUUCAUCACCUUUCAGAGGUGCCGUGGAGGGUAGACGUGGAGCAGUAGAUGUGUAGGAGGGCUGUUUCCGUUCAUCUAUUCCUUGUUAUGCAAUAUGAACAAUAUGUGUCAAUGAAUUUGUUAUCUAUAAAGAAUAUUUGCAUUAGCCAUAUCAGGUGUUCUUUUUGCACAACAUUGUAGAAUAUUUAUUGAUUAGAAUACCAAUCAAAGUGACGCUGUAGCCUACUGAGGGAGAAUGCACAAUGAAAAAUGACAAUGCAUCUGUGUCCUUUCUUUAUUUUAAAGCAAUUAUCCAGUGUUUCCAGACUUCUAUGAAAUAUGACCUAUAAAUACUUACAAUAAGAGUGAAAUAGUUUUUCUUCCAAGAAAUAUUAAUUAAGUAUGUUAAAAUGCAGCUUUUCUGUGUUCGAAUGGUGUGGGCAUACACCAACAACAGAAUGGUGUUGGCGUAUGCCGGUCAUUAAAAAUAUUCAUGCGAGUAGACCGCUGAUUGGCCAGCUCAUCCUCGUAAGGGAGAUCACAUAAUUUCUAUGAGGAAAUAGCAAGAGUUUUUUAAACGGCCUGUUUGAGAUACAAGUUUGAAGUUAUUUUUUUUUCUCCAAUUUAUGCUUUGGCCACAAAUACAAGUAUAGGACAAAUCAACAACAUUAUUUGGAUAUGCAUUAAUAUGCAUAACUUCUAAAAGUGAGAUUUUCACUGGGCAGUUACUUUAACUCCACCCAGCACAGCCAUAAGGGAUCUGGUCAACCCUCAUAGCCUGGUUACGCUCUAGGUUUCUUCCUAGGUUCCUGUCUUUCUAGGGAGCUCUUCUAGCCACCAUGCUUCUACAUCAGCAUUGCUGGGUUUCUGUAUAAGCACUUUGUGACAUCUGCUGAUUUAAAAAGGGCUUUAUAAAUACAUUUGAUUGAUUGACUGAUUUAACUGUCUUGUUUUGCUCUUGCCUGGUACUAGCUAAUGAAUUGAAAUAUAAGCCGGACACCAAUCAAUGUGAGUUAGUUCACCAUGUUAAAUGUGCCGUUUGUGAUGCUUUAUUGAUAAUUUUGAUAUGCCGUUGUUGUUUAACAGUAGGCUACUACUGUAUCUGCAAUAGCUUAGCAUUGAUUUCUUACCUUAUUGUUUUUAAAAAAAUGUGUGCAAUAGAACUAUGUUUUCAAUGACAACCAAUAAGGCUAGCCAAUCAGGAGGACGAUGAACAAAAUAAAUAAUGUUUAAACAUAUUUUAAUUUUUAUUUUCUGCAUUUAUGGACAUUGUAUUCAGCCUUAAAUAAACACCUACAUUUUUUCAAGUAUAUGCCAUCUGUGUCUGGUGACAUUUUCAUGACAAUACAUUGACGAAUAACUAGUUCUGAAAUACAUUAACAACACUUGUUGCCACGUCGACCUGAGCUAGCAAGGGUGUUGCACAAAUCUAAUGAUCUGUUGAUGCUCACUCGUUUGGUCGUCACCUGUUCUAGUGGCAUUAGAAGGUGUCGUAGAAAUAUUUGACUCAAAAGUAGUCAACUCAAAAAUAUCUCUCAAGAGACUGGAGCUUGUGAAUCCAAAAAUUAGACUUUAUUAUUUGCAUAACAAAGCCGAGCUUGCUCUAUGGAGCAACUACUUGCCCUGAACCGGAGCUCUCCUUUUAUACAGACACAAAUGCAUAGUCAUACUGAUACAACAUACAUAUUUACUCCUCUCUAUGUGAAUGAAUAACAUCUUUCAGUAUCACAUGUUGGCUACUCACAGGGGCUACUUGCGCUUCUCUAAAUGGGGCCUCUGUAUCUUAUUAGUGGCGUGACUCAAAAAAUUAUGUACAUACGUACAUUAAAGAACAAUCACACUCUGUUUUGACUAUAUUCACUAUCCAGACAUAUCUGAAGUACAAAGUAUCAAUCAUGUUCAUUCUGUUUUACCUUUAUCAUUUCAUAACACAUUAUAAAACAUAUCAAUUAAUACUUAAACAUGGUUUAAACAUGUCAUCCGUAACCCAUUCUCAACCACAUACAUUUAAGCAUUUAUCAUUUACCAUCCUCCCUGGCCCUUGAGAUUAUGUGCAUGUGGCUAUGUGUCAGGUCAUAAGCACAAACAAAUGAUAACACUAGUUCCAUUGUAACUCCAAUCUCCACACAGCCACCACGAGGAGUUGUAUCUCCAUCACAUGUCAUUGACAUACCCAGACCAGCUGCAGGGAGGUUAUGAAAAGCACAGAAAUGUCUCUGCUCUGUCUCAACCCUUCAACUGGUUCUCAAUCCAUAAGCAUUUAAGGUAUAUAGGUGUUUCAUUCUACCGUAAAGGACAGUCUUCAUGGAAAUCACCUGACAAAGAGGAUGGUGCUGGCUAUACUCCAGGAAAUGGCUUGGCAAAAAGUACCAAAAAGAAAGUGUGGUGUGCCUUAAUUGACAUGUAGGGGAUUCCCUUUGGCUUAGAUUUUCCCCUGCAGAUUACAGGUAUCAAAUAAAUCCUUAACUUCAAAGGAACAGAACAAGAAACAUAUAUGUUUGAGAAGAGUAGUUUUCACAUACUGACCACCAGUAAUAAUGUCAAAUGCACUCCAAUGGUCAAAGGUAUAGGUGCUGAGGUUUAACAUUUGAGAUGGUAUUGUCUGCAGUUUGCUCCAUGCAGCACAGGAGAAGCCUACUUCUGCAAUGCUUUUCAUAGAUUUUGAAACUGUAGUGGUUGCUAUGUUUAUGUGGAUUUUCAGGAUUUUUAUGUGGAUUUUUAUUGAGUCGAGGCUAGGACUAGUGUUACCCCAGACACUUGUCGAUAACAGUUUUGAUCGAAUAGGAAUAAACUUAACAAUUACAUUAGUGUUACCAAUCAUUUUAAUGACUUUUAAAACACUAACGUAUAAACAUAGUUCAACCUAAACUUGUGUUUUUAAAGAAAUGAGUGCUGGAAAUGCAGUGGUUUCCACUUUAGUUUUAUAAUUGUUACUAAAAGUCAUGUGACCUCUUCAUCUCUUUCACUUUCUCAGGCAAACACACGCACGCACACACAGUCAAAGUCCUCUCACAUAUUUGUUUCACAAUAUCAUACUGAUGCAUUAAACGGUUGCAUAUCACUCCCAAUAAUCCUUGUCAACAUUUCUGCAUUGCUUUGGAGGUUUGCAUUGAAUAUCAUUUCUUAACUCACAACAACUUGGCAGUAGUGUUUCUCUUGUUGCUCUGUUUCUGGUUCAGGUUGUUGCCAGACCAUUAUCAAUUGAUGGUUGUUGCCUAUCUGAUGGGACUGGUACCAGGACUCCGGAGAGUCUUCGUGGAAACCACCUAUUAAAUAGGAUCAUGCUGGCUACACUGUAGAUAGGGGAAUGGUGGCCAGACAGGCAAAAAACAUUGAAGAUUGGGACCCAGAGUCUUCGCCCUGACUUCAGCAACAUUUGGACAUCCCCCAGAGAUUCACAGUGCAAGUAACAGCCACACACACUCAAAGGUUUAGGAGUCUUCUUCACAAACCCUCUGCAAAAUGGCAACGGCACAGCUGCAAUCGCUAACGGUAAUGUUUUAUUAUAUUUUCUAUACACUAUUAUCUGUUGUUUUCUCCAUGCACCAGUACUUCCACAAUGUACUGUCACAGAUUUGGAAGCUGUCAUGGUUGGUAACUUGGUAUUGUUAAAAUUGUUGAUAUGUACUUGCCAUCAAUUAUACAUUUUGUGUGCCUAAAAUACAUUUGCAAAAUUCAAACGUGUGGAGGGAGUAUCUUUUAUCAUUCACAAUUAUUUAGCAUGGUAUCCACUCUACUGAUAAAUGACUGACUUCAACAGAAAAUUGAACUAAAGUGCAUUGCAAGAAAGAAACAAAUCUUCGGCACAUUCCAUUUUUUAUCUCUUGCAUUUUUUUAAACAUAGCAAAAGGUAUGUUUAUUGAUGCAGUGACAAAAAGGGACGACGAGGAUUAACUGACUUGAUAAAGCCUAUUUUUUCAGCAUCUCACUCUCCAAUCGCACACUCUCUCAUUCUCUCGCUCUCCCUCCCUUCCUCAUCCCCCUUCCUCUCUCUCUUUAUUUCUCUCCAUCCUUUCCUUUUUAGACUCCAUGUUAGACCCAGUGAAGAUCCUCCGAUCCCUGUUCCGUACGAUCCAACAUUCCUGAACACAUCUUACAUCUCUCUGCUGGUUGUCAAAGACCCUGAACCGACCCGAGCCUCCGAUGUAACUGUCACCGUGCUUAAGGGCUAA